AUGGGCAAUAUCCCGGUCCCUCCGGGACUAUUUGGCGACCUCGAGCAAAUGCCUACGAGAUGUACGGAGACUUGCAAUCGGGUGAUGGUAGACGUGUACGAUAUGGCAGGAACACCACAAAACGAGCGCAGAGACCCGGAAGAUGAAGUUUUGUUUGCGCCAGUGACCUAUGAUAGCGAUUCGAAUGCGGGCGGUGGGGGAGGAGUAGAACGAGCUACUUUUUUGAAUCUUCUUCACAUAGAAUUUUUUUUGAAUUUUUAUUUGAAGGACACACAUCAGUGUCAUCUUCAUGUACUAACUUCUCACGAAGAGCCAACAUUCACAUUCAUGGCUUAACCAUUCAACACUUUUCAGGACGUCGGCAGCCACGGGCCACCAACAGAAAUAGGGAGUCCAUCGGUAAACGAGAAACGCGUCUCACUCGAGGCAUCGCAAGAUUUAUGGCUAGUCACAAGGACUUUUAUUUUCCACUUUUUAGCACUACAGUCUUCGUUCUCCUGCAACAGCGACCUUCUAAUCCAAGGGAGAGCCAGCAAGAGGGAGAGUAAGAACUCGACUGCACCCUCGAAGACGUCAGUAUCUGCCAUGCCGAAUCCGCAUAUGCCGUCCGUAGCUCCUGACGACAGCCAAGAUGUCCCAAAAAACGAAGAGGAGGAAGAGAAGAAGCAAAGGCAGACAAGUCAAGACGCUUUAUGGCUACUGUAGUCCUACUUAGUCGAACCAGAUUGUAUCUCUUGUUGUGUAGUUCGACUUGACAUGAUAGAUUUAAAUAUUUCGUACACGACUAACCAUUUCUCUAAUUUCACCAGCUGCACCCCGAGCACCAACUGAAGCCCAGCAAAGAAGCAGUUCUUUCAAGGCACCUGGUAUUAGGACGACAUCAGGCGCGCCUCCGCCAGCUGCUGCCAAGAGGGAAAGUGCGGCUACUGUGAAAAGGGAUAGCGCGGCUUCUGUUAUGUUUGUGGAUAAAUUUUUAUAGAAACAGAAAUGUCUACUAUGUAUAAAUGUGAUUUAUCUACUACUUCACAAGAAGGGCUCAUUUUCAUGUUGUAUCAAAUAAAAUGACCCUGACCCCAUGUUCAUAUCCGCAGAAGAAAAGCCUAGCGCCGACAUAGUCUCAGGGCUAGUGGCUAUGGGAUUUGGGGAAGAAGAAGCUGGAAGAGCAGCUCUGGCCACAGGAAACUCGGACAUACAAAAAGCAAUGGACUGGGUACUUUUUUUGAGAUCACGGAACUGCUAACAAAUAGCAAUCAUGGAGGACGAUAAUGUAUCUAUACUUCAUCCUAAGCGCUAUUGUCCAUUCGACCCAGGAACAAAUGAAACAAUAUUCCACUUAAAUACUUAUUUGGCUGAGCAGUUGGCUUAGUGCUUUAGGCGUUGACCUGUACGCUUAUCAUUAUUCAUCACCACUACAGCUUUUGCAGAACCCUACUCCCAAGGACGACUCGCCGAAGCCUGCAAAGACAGAAAUUAUGGCUAAAAUCAAGGCAGAGAUUCAGAUUCAUGUUACAGUUUCAGGGUGAAUGUUGUCCUCGAGAAAAACUUUUAUCUCUAAUGAUUCCUUCUAAGAAAAAGGAGAAGCUUGAUGAUUUGAUGGCCUUGGGUUUUCCGAGAGCUCAAACAGUGCAGGCAUUGAAGCAGGCGAAGGGGAAUCAGGAACUAGCGGCAUCGAUUUUGUUGGGUGAGGUUUGA